GCGCAGGGAGGCGCAGGGAGGCGCAGGGAGGCGAGCGGCCGCGCACCGGCGCCGCGAUGGGGCUGGAGACCGAGAAGGCGGACGUGCAGCUCUUCAUGGACGACGACGCCUACAGCCAGCACAGCGGCGCCGACUACGCGGAGAAGGUGGCGGGCUCGGGCCCGGACCGGGACCCCCGCGGGCUCAACUCGCAUCUGAAGCUGGGCUUUGAGGAUGUGAUCGCAGAGCCGGUGACCACGCACUCCUUUGACAAAGUGUGGAUCUGCAGCCACGCGCUCUUCGAAAUCUGCAAAUACGUGGUCUACAAGUUCCUGACGGUGUUCCUGGCCAUCCCCUUGGCCUUCGCCGCGGGAAUUCUCUUUGCCACUCUGAGUUGCCUGCACAUCUGGAUCAUAAUGCCUUUUGUAAAGACCUGCCUAAUGGUUCUGCCUUCCGUACAGACGAUAUGGAAGAGUGUGACAGAUGUUGUCGUUGCCCCAUUGUGUACAAGCGUGGGACGAAUUUUUUCUUCUGUCAGCCUGCAACUGAGCCAUGACUGAACAUUUAGAUCCCAGGUCUAGAUAUUUGGAUAGUGUGAUACAUCUUUGUUAUUGUAACAUAACAAUACUACUGUUCUGUUUAUGUCUCAGCUGCUCCAAUCAAGAGAAGUAUUGAGACUUCACAUUUAGAAACUUUAUUGGCAAACUUCAAAUAAUGCUUUUCUAAUUAAUGCCCAAGGAUUUCAUAUCUUAUUUUAUAAACCAGAAUUAUUUGGUAGGUUAGCUACACUUAUUUGUAGAGCCAGGCUGUGUUUGCCUUACUAAAAAAAGAAGUACACAUUUUCAGCUAAUAAAUUUAUACUGAUAAGUGACACUUCUCUCAAAGCACUACAAUAAUUUUGUGCACAACUACAUAAAAAGGUGGAGUUUCUUAUUUUCUUAUACUCUGGAAGUAAUAUUUUUAAAAUUAGGUAUCAGAAGGAUACUUAGUGUAUCCAAACAUUCAAGAUUACAGUAACAAAAGCAUAUAGAGAUACUACUAAUAUCAAAUAUAACAAAACAAAAAAUGUGAAAAUAGAUGAAAAUGUAUUCCUUUGAGUAUACUGUUAACCUAAAGACCUAUUUAACAAGAUAUUUCACUUUACUGUAUAUUUUGUACUUAAUAUAAAUAUUACUUUAAUUGGAUUGCUUUAUGGUAUUUGUUAUCAUGUUGAACUAAUAUAUAGAAUAAGUAAAUGUAUCUCACACAAGAUGACUUCCUGGAAAGAUGCACUGUCUUGAUCAUGAAAGCAUUUAUAUAGCUUCUGUGGGGAUGGAAUAUAAAAGAUUGGUAUAUGGGGUUCUCUUUUCUGACUUUUCCAUGCAAAAUCCUGAAAAGCUUUAUGAUUCAUAUCUAUCUGUCUGUGAUGUUAAAUCAUAUCUAAUUGACAUUUUGUCUUAUAGUUAAGAAUUAAAUCUAUAUUCUGCAUUUCUGUGCUAUUAGGCGGAAUUUCUGUUACUUUGUGAGGUCAACCUGCUAUUUCACUUUACUUCAAUGUAAUAUUGGUGCUAAUUAAGAUUUUAUGAUGAAGGCUGUUGUAACACUUCAGUAAUAAUUGCCACUACAAUGAUUCAUUUGGAGGAUCCAUGCUACUGAGCUAUAUGCAUAAAUUAAAAAUUAACUACAAAAUUUUAAUAAUGAUAUAGAUUUUGUAAUAUGUAUGAAAUUAUUCUAUAAUUUUUGGGUUGUAGGGUCUUAUUUUAGCCUUAUGAGCUAGUGUUACUUUAAAAAUCUCCUUUAUUCUAAAUUGAUAUAGGCAUAUACAAAAGUGUCUGUAGUGUGAUCUAUGUAUUUUAAGAGUGUCUGUGCAAAUUCAGAAUAUUUUGAUUUUUUUUGUGGGAUUUGGUUUGUUUGUCUAUUUUGCUUUUAUUUUCUGAGACAGAACAUGAAUUGUAUAUCCUCAUAACUGAUAGAUCUUCAUUCAGUGAAGAUUAAUAAGAUUUUUUAAAGUUGUCAUUUUUGGUAAAGAAAAAGGAUGAUUGAACUGAAAAACUCUUGGGAACAAAUAAAGAGAAUGUUAAAAUUAUGAAACUCAUAUCCUUUUGAAGGUAAUUGCAAAAGAGACUUUUAAAAUGUCCUUAGGACAUUGUCGCAUCCUGAGAAAAAGACUCGUGAUAAUGAUCUUAAAGCACUGCUACUCAUUUGGCUACAUAGAUUUUAUGCUAAUUAAAAAGGUCAGUCAGUCUCAUGACUUUAUAGUUGUACUUUGUAAUUUUAAAUGUUUGCUUAAAUACUGUAUGUAUUGAUUAACAAAAGGUAUUUGUUUAAUAAACUAGUUUAAUAAAAGCUUCAACUUUUCAAAUAGUAAUUGGCAAGCUUUAAAAUAUAUAUAGUUAUAUAACUAAACCUUUUAACUUCUAGUAUAUGAAACAUUAUUUCCUUAUUUCUGAACAAUACUGAUUACUUUAAAAAUGAAUUUUACUGAGACUUUUCCUGAAUUUUUUAUUUCAAAGAUCCAAACUUUGAAUAAAGUAAACUUUCAUAUGAAA